AUGAACGUUCACGAGAAACGGCCGCACACGCUGUCUCCAGAGCAUAAACUCACGGCUUCAAAAACCCAAAAACUUGAUGACUAUUUCCUCGACUCAGAAGAAGUUAACGACGAAUUUGAGGUUUAUGAUCCUUUGGACGACAUUCCAAUUCCUAAAACGAGGCCACGAGAGGCCGUUGCACUCGUUCAUCCCGCGCCUAAUGGACCUUUAAAAAAUGGCGAGGACGAAUUGGCCUUCACAUUAAGUGCAGGAGAUUUUGCUCCUGCGUCGAGACCUUAUUUAAGUAAAAGAGCUCGAGAAAUGCCUUGGUCUUUCUCCAGCGAAAAAACACAUGCAAAACUGCAAGGAAAAAUCAUACAUGUCGACUUUACUCCGGAAGAGUGCCUACAACUGCAGGCAGCCAGGCGCAAAUACGGUCCAGUCAACAGCGUGCGGUUUAAGGAUGCGUUUCAUUCUCAUCUAAACGUCUUAUUGCCUUCUCGAACGUAUGAAGACUGCCAACAAUUUGAAGCCGAUAAUGCCGACCUUACGCCUACUGGAGAAGCCUUUGCCAUCCAAAUAGCAGAUGUGGAACCAGAACACCCUAUUAUUCCAAACUAUCUACGGAACUGUUACGACUUAAAUGUGUUUGAUCGUCGGGGCUGUUCCUUCUUGAAGUCAGCAAACUUUCUCCGUUCCGAGUCCAUACUAGCAAUGAAACCUUGGAAACACUUCAACGAAACUAGUGGUGACACAGUUUCUGUUGGAUUCGAUCCUUCGGGCCGUAAAAUGGCUCUGGGUAGCACGUCGCAGCGCGGUGUCUACAAUCGACUUGGCACUUUAUGGCUUGGCGACUUGUUACGAGGAGAAAUGUCUGUCCUUAAAGGACAUCAAACUCGAUCGCUCGAAGGCGAUAUUGAGUUUCGAACCAUUUCUGACGUUUGUUUCAGUAAUUCUGGGCGACACUUAUUCACCGGAGGUUUUGAUGAUUGCGUUCGUAUAUGGACGACAGAAGGUGUUGCGUGUGACGUUUUCUCACAAUCAAAGGGUCAUAUCCAGCAGCUUACCUUGUCCAGAGACGAUGUGCUGGCUGCCUCCAGCAAGGAUGGUCGCGGCUUUCUGAUUCGAACGCAUCCCGAAACAGGCAAGGUUAAGUCCUUUACUGAACUUGCCUUUAAAAAGGCGCUUGAAAAGCGCUACGAGGCAUCGUUGAUUGAGUAUACGAUGCCAAAUGUUAAUACUGGUGGAUAUGUAGUUGUAGGCUACGACAACUUUCAUCAACAAAAAAAUGACGGCUGUGCUGCAGUCUUUGAUCCAGGUUCUGGAAUACCUAUAAAAGAACUGAACGUUAACUCAGAGGCUAUUGCCUCUUUGGCUAUACAGCCGCUUAGUGACAAUUUCAUCAUAGGAAGUAAUUCCCAUGUCUCUGGCCGAGUUCGGCUGUUUGAUUCACGAACGCUGUCGACGGUCAAAAUGUUCAAUACUCCACAGAAAGACAUCAAUCACACAACCGUCGAUCGCAGCGGAAUUUUCGUUACCUCCAGUGGCACGGACAACCAAACUUAUGUAUGGGAUGUUCGAAGUCAUAAUAAACCACUUCAUGUGCUCAAGCACGGCAAGACAAAAAUGAUUCAUUUUGAUUUUGAGAACACAGAGGAGGUCGAUGCUGGCAUCAACAUGGCCCUCUGGCAGCCCGAUGGAAGCGUGUUUAUCACGGGUGGAAGCGACGGCGUUGUUAAAGCGUGGGAUCCUCGUCUACAUGAACCGUUCGUACAGAAUGUGACAGAAGUUGACGCUGCAGUCACAUACGGUUGUUUCAGCCCGGAUGCAUCCAAACUCGUUGUCUGUUUCGCUGGUGGCGGCAUGAAUAUAUACUCGGUUUGUGGAAAUCGUCCCAUUGACCAGUUCGGUGAAUUUGUUAUUCGCGACCGGAAUGCUGGUGAACAAGCUUACGAUGCUGUUGAUGAGAGUACGGGUCCUAUUGUUAACACUGCAGGCUCUUCUUACAGUGACGAUUCUAACAAUCGCGAACGGCAUGUCUCCUUUACUUCCUCUGCUCACUAA